AUGGGCCUAGCUCCUGCUCAAGACGCCAUUAGAUACAAGAACGUCGUCUUCAACUCCGGCUGGGGAGACCAGAAGUCUAUCUACAUGGGUCCGCCAUCGGAAGAGAACAAUCAGGCGUGGGAUGAUCUUCAUGUUGCGCCGGCGAUGGUCAAGAUUCCUGCGAGCGAUGCAGCAAAAUUGGUUAAUAAGACCAUCCCAAUUCCCAAUGCGUCUGGGUACAACUCGGGAUACUAUUUGAUUGGUCUCGAUGUUUUUCAUCAGUUACACUGUUUGGUAUUCUUCCUUGGUCCGCUGGUGAAUUGGAUCCGACGUGCGCAGGAUAUGCUCCGCAAAGUACUCUGGGGAGUUGAUAUGCAUGACCCCAAUGAAGAGGAAGCCAUGCAUCACCUUGACCACUGUAUCGAGAUGAUUCGUCAAAGCCUGACGUGUUCGGCCGAUAUCACCGUCGAUGUGUGGGCGUGGAAUGAACAAAAACAAAUGGUCACUGUGAGGGCGGAUAAUAUGCACACUUGUCGGGACUUUGAGGCCAUUCGGCAGUGGGCGCUCGAAAGACCAGCAGGCGAAUUCGAUCGAACGAUACAUAUGGUGGCUUCUUGA